GCUACAUUCGAGCACCUGCCACUUCCGGCUAAAAGUAGAAAGGAUGGUAAAAAUACCAAAUGACAAGACAGGGUAGAAGAUUAAAACCAUGAAAGGAAAGGGUAAAUCACAGGACAAGGACUGUCCACUGCUCUUUCCAGACCUUGAGUGUAUAGACCAUGUGAAACUCUGUCCAAGAUAUACUGCAGUGUUGUCACGUGGGGAAGGGGAGAGUAUAGGCCUGGAGGAGCUAGAUGGGAUCCAGGUCGACCUCGAGACACUUCUCAACUCUGUAGGCAAGAGGCUCAAGGUCCUUGAGAAUGAGAUACAAAUCCUCCAGAACUGGCAGGAGAAAAAUGGAGACAUAAAGCCAUUACAGAAAGCCAAGGGUGGAAAAGUUCAACCAGAAACCCCGGGAAAGCGUGGUAAAGGUGCAGAUGAAAAACCUUGCAAGAAGUUCAAGGAUUCUGCUGGCAAACCUGUCAUGCCAGUCGCAACAAAACUAAAAACUAAAAUAGGACAGAUAAAGGUUCCAGAGUUUGAUAGAGUGGACUCACCACCAGUGGAAAUCUCGAAGCUACCUAAGAACAAUGCUGUGAACAAGUUCUGGGCGUCAGUGGAGCCAUACUGUGCUGACAUCACACAGGAGAACCUCAAGUUUCUGGAGGACCUGCUGCGCUCACAUGAGGACGACUCAGAGUACCUGAAGGUUCCUCCUCUUGGCAUGCACUACAGUGAGAAGUGGGCCGAGGAGGACAUGAUGGAGGAACAGAAACAAGGGGCAAAGAUCUCAGAUAAACGAAGUAAUGGCAUAACUCCCGAAUCCAAUGGGGCUUCGGGUCUGCUAAAAACUGCUGAUGCUGGGUUACUUGAUGAGUCGCCUUUCGGUCCUCUUACCCAGAGGCUGGUGUCAGCUCUCAUCGAGGAGAACAUCAUGGCACCCAUUGAUGACGACAUGGACACAGACUACACAGAAAAUGAAUCGUUGAAUGAGUCUGCUGCAAUAUCACCGAAGGAGCUUGCCAAACAGCUGAACCUGGGAAACACAGCCCACCUGGAGAAGAGGAUCAAGCGUGAGCUGGAGGAGCAAGGAAUCCUGGAUUUUGAUGAUGAUGAGGAGGAUGAUGAGAAUGAUGAGAUCCUGCGUGAAUUGAGAGCGAAGCAGGCGGAGCUGCGUGACAUUUGCGCCCACAACCUACAGGCCACCAAGCGACUGUACAAGCUCGCUCGGGAGGAGAUCGAUCAACAGGAGCUGCGCAGGAAACUCUCUACCUCAGAUACAGAGGUGAUGGAGGCAUACAGGAAAAUCCAGCUUGCAAAGCAGAAGAAGAAAACUCCAACAAAAAAAGAGCGCGAGACAGUGAUAAAAGUGUUGAAAGACCGGGAACCAAUUGUGAAAGCCCUCGAUAUAUGAACCUUGAUACAAACCAGGGACUGGGUAUUAGCGAACAGUGAUUAUUGUCGCUGGUCAGAGCUUGUAAUAUCUGAAACAAGCAAUUUAAUGUGCAUAAGGACUUGUUUGCACGAAGGAAGUUUACACAUUUAUGUGUUGUAGUGAAUCUGCAGCUGACAAUGUAAUUAGCAGAAUUACUCGUCGACUAUAACGUGUUUGAAGUGUUCAACAUGAGAACAAUGAUAAGUACAGUGUACAAAGUUCAAGUGUUACAAGUCAUACUAUUUAUGAAUGGUAUCUUAUAUGGCUGUUUCAUUUUAUGACUUGGGAAAUAAAUAUUUGUAUACA